UGUUGUGUAACGAAUGUGAAAUGUGUACGGUUAACUUUUGGGGGGGGGGUCGAAGAAAAAGAUCAGAUUUUAAAGGUUGUAAACCCCUCAUUUAAAACAGAAGGGUAAAUCCGAGCAGGAAGCGUCAGAACGUCACAAAACGUUCAUCAACCGAGCAGUUCCUGCUAGUCAGAAACGUGUUAAAUGUUUUAAAAAAAUAGCGUCUGUGCUCUUGUCUUUUUUUUGUUACGAGUGGUUUUCUUGGAGCUUUCAACCAGCAAAUGUUAAUCGGAACAAGACGGACACGGGCAAGUGAGCGGAGUAGAGUCGGCCACUUAUUUUUCAAAAGAGAGAAAAGUACGAAAAAAAAAUCCAGAGAAGGAGGGGGAUCCCCCGGGGAGGAAAUUCCCGGGCUGCUGGAUGGAAAUACGCCGAUUGCGAAAUGACAUGGAGGGAACGGAAUGGAUACAGUCAGUCACUGCCCCCAGGACAAGGUUUAACCUCUUCAUAUUUACUAACUGCCUGUCGGAGUGAACACUUCAGAGAAUCCACAUUUAGCUAAGGUGUCUCCCAUUAAUUAGCUUUCAAUAUCACUCUGAAAAUACGGACAAUUUGUGCUAAUUUCUGCAUUUUUAACAUUCUCUGCAACCUCUGAAUCAAAAUUGAGACAAUAAUCAAUAUAUAUUUUGAGACUGAGGGUCGACUUUUUUGGCAACUUUUUUUAAACAAUUUGACACAGCACACAAUGUCUUCGCUUAGAUAUCUCUUUUUCUAAAAACUUACAAGAAUUUCGAGAAGAAAAUCCCGACUGAUCGCUUUCCUCCCCUCCCCUCCCUUUCCGAGUCGAGUAGGGGGAGGUCGCACUGGGAACAGCACUUAUAUACAAUGUCUGUGGAUGGCGAUGAGAAUGGGGAGCAGCAGGAGAGCCGGCUCCCGAAGGCCAGGCUGAGAAGCUACAACACCAUCACCACCUUCUACCACGAAACCCUGCAGGAAGUGGGCCGCCUGAGUCGGGAGCUCGCCCUGAAGGACGGCCUGGUCAAAGAGCUGCAGACUCGCCUGGCCGCCUACGAGGGCAGCAUCGCGGUCAGUUUCGGCCAGGAGCCCGGGGUCAGCUUCGGCCCGUCCGGCUCCCUUGUGGACUGUCUGCUGCAAGAGGUGGGUAAAAUCAAAAAGGAACUGGCGGAUUCAGCAAGGAUUUGGCAGCAAGAGAACACCAAGCUGAAAGAGGAUCUGCAGGUGGUUCAGUUGCGCCUCAGGGAGAAGGAACGUGAAGUGGAGCAGAUGGUGGGCAGCUCAAAGCAUGAGGUGGCCAGUGAGAUUGCUCGACUGCGCCAAACCCUGCGGGACAAGGAGAGGCUCAAUGCCACCCAGAAGCUAUGGUGCCGCUCACUGGCAGAUGAGACCGAACAGCUACAGCUGCGGCUGGCCAGCACUGCAGACAUGUGCCAACAGUUGGCACAGCAACUGGAGAAGCAGCGGGCAAAGACUGGGCACGGGAUGGAGAAGGAACAGAACCAUGCCAAACAGGACGGCGAUGCACUACCGCCACGUCAGGCAGAUUCACCAGACAGCAACAUUUGCCGACUGCAAGAGGAGAACCAAACACUGAAACAGAAAGUCCUUUAUGUGGAAGACCUUAAUGCCAAAUGGCAAAAGUACGACAUCAGCCGAGAGGAGUACGUUAAGAACCUUCACCACCAGCUGAAAGAUCUUAAGUCCAGGGUGGACCGAACUGGACUUGGUGCCCCUCAGGCUAACGAGAACGUGCUGCAGCAGGAGAUCUUGCGACUAAACCGGCUGCUGGAGGAGAGUAUGAAGGAAUGUGGUCGCCUCGCAGUAUUCCGGGAUGGCCUUGACAAGGAGAGGGUGACCAUUCAGCAACUCCGUGAUGAACUACAAGCCGCACAGGCAGCUGAAGCUGCUGCUAACGAGAGAGUGCAAAUGCUGGAGCAACAGGUUCUUGUCUACAAAGAUGAUUUCAAUUCUGAACGGGAGGACCGCGAACGGGCUCAAAGCCGGAUUCAGGAGCUCGAGGAAGAAAUGGCUUGCCUGAGGUUACAGUUGCCAGGGAAACAGGAACACCGGGAUGCAGCUGCCCAUCACCACGGCAGGGUCAGCCCCUACUACUUGGAGCCCAAUGUGCCAGCCCCAUUGCUUGGUAAUAGCGCAGAGACACCAGCGAAGAUCUCUCGACCCUUACUGUCCAGUGGGAGCUCAGGUGCUGAGGCCAGACAACAAGGACUUCUGCAGUGCCCCAAGUGCAUGAGGCUAUUUAACGAUGAGGUGAGCGACGAGUGCCUCAGGCACAUCUCCGAGUGCUGCCAGUGAACCUACCCAUCUCUUGGAUCAAACCACCAGCAGCAAACGUUGAGUCUGAUGUGCCUUCACCAUGGGUCUUCCCAUUGACACUGAUUACACCAUGUUAGCACCAUUUGUGAUGACUCAUACUGAAGCAGUUCAUGUCCAAAGGCAGAAAGACCUGGACAUAAGCUAUUGAUAGACUAACAUCAAGAAAAUUCCUGGAUUUACAGGAAAAACCUGCACAACAGUAACUUUAAACAUUUCAUACAAAUGCUUCAUCAAUUGCUUUCUCGAUCAUAAGGUCAGAAAUUGGGAGAUUCACUGCUUUUUUUUGAAUUGUUCAGUAUCAUCCAUGAUUCCUCAGGUACUGAAGCAGUCCAUAUGCAGCAAGACUUGGACAACAACCAAGAGAAUGGAGAAGCCGUGGCAAGCAACAUUCAGAGCACGCAACUAGCAGGCAUUGGCCAUCUGAACAAGAGAGAAUCUAACCAUUAUCCCUUUGACAUUCAAUGGCACUACCAAUACUGAAUUGCCCACUAUCAACAUCCUCACAGGUCACCACUGACCAGGGAUUGGAUAGGACAAGCCUUGUAAAUGCAGUGACUACUAGUAGGUCAGAGGUUGGGAAUCCUGCAGUGAGUAACUCCCCUCCUGACUCCUCAAAGCCUGUCUAUCAUCUAUCGCACACAAGUUAGGAGUGUGAUGGAAUACU